GAGAUGAUCUCUGAGAUGUGUAACACUAUGCAAUGAUGUCACUAGAUUUGUCGGUCAAUGGUUUGACCGUUGGCCGACAGCGGGGUACAAGAUCUAAGUACUUCUUGCCUUAGGCAUGCCGCAUCAGUAUUACAUAACACAACUCGAUAAGGCAACAAUUAAUCGCCAAGUUCCGGCUUAGCGGCAGAAGAAAACCACUCGCUUUACAACCUCAACCUCAACCAUCUCCAAUCUCGACGCCGUCUACCACUCGAAUUCUCCGAAUACACAUUCAAGAUGUCUUGGCUCGGUGUUACCCCCCUCAAGAAGUUCCCGGCGCCAGUUCUCCGGCCUUAUGCCCCCUUCUUCGCCGCUGGCCUGAUUAUCGCUUACGGUGUCAACUCGGCGCAAAAUGCCAUGAUGAAGUCCGACGAGUGGAAGAACGACCCCCGCAACCCGAACGCGAAGUCUGGUGGACACUAGAAUGGAGGUGACAAACUUAGGGAACGCGACCAACUAUCCCGAGCGAGAAGCAUCAUAGACGGUCGAGUCAUUCCGAUAGACGAGCAAGGCAGGACUGUAUCAUAAAUUAUGAGUUCGCGUUGAAUCGAGAGUUAUGUCCAGCAACCUAUCCAUUUGCGCCGCGGGCGAAUGGCAACCCUAGACUUGGGAUUUGUACGAUCUGUGCUUAUCACAAUUUCAAGUACAGCCGCUGUCCUAGCAGGUUAACUAAAUUCACCAGUUUGAAAUACAUGGCCAGCUUCAAACUUGGAGUUGCAAGUGUACCGUAAUACCCAUGCAAGUUUACUUAUCGAACAUCACCAUUCUAUCUAGCCCCUCGAGCCGACUAGUCUCUCGCUGUAGCAAUUAGGUUAAAGGGAAAUAGGCUUGGGAGCUCAGAUUUUCAAAAGGAACUAACUUACACCAUAUUUCAUCUAUGAUCCCGUAUGUUAAAAAGGAGCAAACAUUGUCAAUUUGUUAGAUAAACUUUUCUAUACCAAGCCAAUUAAUUAAUAAAAGUUCAAAUAUUCUUCCUCAUAUGAUCGUGGCUGCAUGACAAAUAGAUACCAGCCGUGUUCGGUCAAUUCUGGACCGUCUCUUAUCACGAUACUCGUUCGCCGACUGGCUCAUUCACUAAAUUAACCUCGACAU